AUGGAAAACGAUAAUGAAUUUAAAGGUUUUUCCAAUAAUGCAAAAAGAGUAUUUAAUGCACAAAAAACGGGUAACAGCAAAAUAGGAUUGGCUCAUUUUACAGCAAUGGACAAUUUGUACAAUGAAGAAAAUAAUAGCGAAGGAUAUAUCAGUUUUGGUAUUGCAGAGAAUGUUUUAUCAUACGAAUUAUUGAAAGAGAAAUUAGAAACCAUUCCAAUGAGCCAAAAGUUAACACAGUAUUCAGCAUUUGGGGGUUUAGAAGAAUGUAGAAAAGCAGUAGCAAAUUUAUUACAAAAUCACAUUUUUACAUAUAGACCAGAGAAUAAAGAUCUUUUAGUAAAAAACAAUCAAAUUUUACUAACUGAUGGUUGUACUCCUUUAUUAGAGAAUGUAUUUAAUAUGUUUUGCAAUGAAGAUGAAGUAUGUAUCAUUCCAUCGCCUUUUUAUCCAGCAUUUGUCAGCGAUUCAUACCAUAGAUUUGGUGUACGUGUAUUACCAGCAAAAACUGAGGUUUAUGACGAACAAACUAAACAAGUUAUCUCAUUUCAAUUAGAUAUCGAAGAGUUUGAAAAAAUUUAUUCAACCCAAAAAGUUAAAAUGGUGUUAGUAUGCAACCCAAAUAACCCAAAUGGUUUUAUUUUCCCACAAGAUCAAGUAGAACGUUUGGUUGAAUGGUGUCGUUCAAAGCAAAUUCAUUAUGUUAGCGAUGAAAUAUAUGCACUUUCAGUAUUUGAUAAGCCUCAACCAAAUAUCAGCGGUGGAAGCAGUGGUUCAAGCGAUGGUGAAGACAUUAAAACCAACGAAUUUAAAUCAGUAUACGAUGUUUGCAAAGGUGACAUGGGCGAAUUUGUUCAUAUUGUAUCUGGUUUCUCCAAAGAUUUUUGUUUAAAUGGGUUUAGAGCAGGUUAUUUUUAUUCACAAAAUAAAAAUGCUUACAAUUAUUUAACAUCAACAUCAAACUUUUAUAUUUGCAGUAACUUGGUCCAAGCAGCACUUAUAAACAUCCUCUCUGAUGACGAGUAUUUAGCUCAUUACAUUAGAGAAAAUCAAAAUAAUUUAAAGAGAGCCUACGAAUUUACCGUAAACACUUUAAAAGAAUUUAAUAUUCCUUUCAUCAAAUCAUCAAGUGGUGUAUUCUUAACAUUGGAUCUUAGAAAAAUUUUACCAGCUUUUCCACUAAACCAAAAUGACCCAUUUAGCCAAGAGUUGUUAGUUUGGGAAGAAAUUUUCAACGCCAAAGUUAUUAUUAAUCCAGGUAAAUUUUGCUAUUUUUCAGAGCCUGGUUUUUAUAGAUUUAUCUUUACUGUACCAAAUGGAUUUAUUUAUGAAGGUAUUAAAAGAAUUUCAAAAGUUUAUCAUAGAAUUUUAACAAGCUUAAAUAAUAAUAACAAAUAA